AUGGUUCUUUUGAGCGCUAUAAAGCGCGUCUUGUUGGUGAUGUCUUGGUCUAUUCAUCAGCUCGAUGUUAAGAAUGCUUUUCUUCAUGGUCACUUGGCUGAGACUGCUCCUCGUGCUUGGUACCAUCGGUUUGCCACUUUUGCGACUACUAUUGAUUUUUCUAACAGCAUUUCUGAUAAUUCUCUUUUUGUUUACUGUCAUGGUUCUGAUAUUGCUUAUCUGCUGUUAUAUGUGGAUGAUAUCAUUCUUACGGCUUCAUCUGAUUUACUCCGUGAGUCUCAUAUGUCCAAACUUACCUCUGAGUUUGCUAUGAAGGAUUUGGGUCCUCUUAAUUAUUUUUUAGGUAUUGCUGUUAAUCAUACAUCUACGGGCCUCUAUCUCUCUCAACAGCGGUAUGCCUCUGAAAUUCUUGAAAAGGCUGGCAUGUCUCAAUGUAAACCUGUUGCUACCUCCGGCAAACUUUGUGUUAAUGCAGGUUCUUCUUGUGAUGAUCCUACAUUGUAUCAUAGACUGGCUUGUGCUUUGCAAUAUCUUACUUUCACUCGCCCAGAUAUUUCAUAUGUUGUUCAGCAGGUUUGCCUUUAUAUGCAUGAUCCUAGAAUUGAACAUAUGGCUGCUAUUCACCGUAUUCUUCGCUAUGUCAAAGGUUCUAUUCUCUAUGGUCUGCAGUUGUAUCGUUCUAAUCUUUUGACUUUUUUGUCCUACACCGAUACUGAUUGGUGGUCUGCAGUUGUAACCACCAAACGGUUGUGGCCGGUUCUUCCCCAAUGGUUUCCUUAG